CGAGUAGUAGUACUACUUUUCUUCAAUCCACUCCACCGCCCUCCUUUCAGGCUGUAGAGAAUAUCUGUCUCUUCUCUUUCUCUCUCUCACUUUCCUCUUCGUUCGUUGGUUUAUUUGCGUUGCCUGGCUGUCCGCUCAUCUGUCUUCUCACCCCACAUUUUCUCCGAUCCCCUUUAUUAUUACUUUAAAAGAUAAACCCCCGUUGCCCCAUAUAUAUAUUAUACAAGAUUGGAUACUUAUUUAAUUCUGUAAACACAGAGUCGCAAACACGCAGAAUUAAAGGUGAGGAGAAAAGGGCAGGCGAGAAAAAAAAAAUUAAAGAGGCCCAUGAAUUUCGGCUCAGGCCCCUCCUCCCGGAUACUUUGUACGCUUGGAGAACAAGAGUGCUGACGACAAUCUUUAUUUGAGAAAGAGAACAAGGAUGCGUAGGUGGCUGUGUUGCACCUGUCAAGUAGAGGAGUCAUAUCAACCCCAUGAACAUGAGCACCUCAAGAGCCCAAGAAAUCGUACUGAUGGGCAUCCAGGAGGCAAGCCACCCGCCCCAGUGAAGCCCGAAGUUCAGAAGACGGUACCCCCGAUCGAGGUCCCUGCUCUGUCCCUUGAGGAACUGAAAGAGAAAACUGAUAAUUUUGGAUCAAAGGCAUUAAUUGGUGAAGGAUCUUAUGGGAGGGUAUACUUUGCACAAUUGAACAGUGGGAAUGAGGUUGCUGUUAAAAAGCUUGAUGUGUCAUCUGAGCCUGAUUCCAAUGUUGAGUUCUUGACUCAGGUUUCCAUGGUGUCAAGAUUGAAGCAUGAAAAUCUGGUUGAAUUGCUUGGUUACUGUGUGGAUGGCAAUCUCCGUGUCUUAGCUUAUGAAUUUGCAACCAUGGGAUCUCUACAUGACAUUUUGCAUGGAAGGAAAGGAGUCCAAGGGGCACAGCCUGGUCCUGUACUUGACUGGAUGCAAAGAGUGAGAAUUGCUGUUGAUGCUGCAAAGGGACUCGAAUAUUUGCAUGAGAAGGUUCAGCCUUCCAUCAUCCACAGAGAUAUCAGAUCCAGCAAUGUACUUCUCUUUGAAGACUACAAAGCCAAGAUUGCGGAUUUCAACCUUUCAAAUCAGGCUCCUGACAUGGCUGCUCGCCUGCAUUCUACUCGAGUUCUGGGAACCUUUGGUUAUCAUGCGCCAGAAUAUGCAAUGACAGGACAAUUGACACAGAAGAGUGAUGUUUAUAGCUUUGGCGUUGUUCUUCUUGAGCUUCUUACUGGAAGGAAGCCUGUUGAUCAUACCAUGCCUCGUGGACAGCAGAGUCUUGUCACUUGGGCCACUCCAAGAUUGAGUGAGGACAAAGUCAAACAAUGUGUUGAUCCAAAGCUUAAGGGAGAGUAUCCGCCAAAAGGGGUUGCCAAGCUGGCAGCUGUUGCAGCAUUGUGCGUGCAGUAUGAAGCUGAGUUCCGCCCAAAUAUGAGUAUUGUCGUGAAGGCUCUGCAGCCUCUCUUGAAGUCGACUGUCCCAGCUCCGGAGACUUAGUCCCCAAUAAUAUCAUUUGCUGGUCGUGUUUGUUUUUCUGAGUUUGCACAGUUCGGGUCUUGGUAUAAAUUGCAUUGAUCACCUGCAUGACUAAGCAGUUUCUAUUUCCAUUCUCUGAAUUUCAGACAUGGUUGGAUUGCUGUCGUGAUUCCUUUUCUCUUGUUUGUAGUUAUGCCUUACAAAAUCAUGACUGGGCUUUGGAUGGAUUAUUUUGCUUAGGCAAAAGAAUUGUGCUUUCAGUUCUUGAACAUAAAAGAGAGAUUGAUUCUUUGUUUCUUUUUCA